CUUGCGAUGUGGGAGUGGUGAUGAUAAUAGGCAUCUGUCGCGUUCGAACUCGACGACUUUUACUUUUACUUUUACUUUUACGUUGACUUUGACUCGACUCGACUCGACUACCGGGACUGCGUCUACUACGGCAAACAGUAUAUACAAACAAGUACCACGACGAUGUCCAACACCAAGCACACACCCAACAUGCCACCACCCCUCUCUACCUGCACUCUCACUCUAUCCCUAACCCUCACCCUCACCCUAACUCUAACCCUCCUCACAACCCUCCUCCCCAGCACCAGCACCAGCACACCCAUCCGCACAAACCCACAAAUCCGCGCCCACGCCCGAGCCCACGCCCGCAACGCCGAAAUGCCCGGCGAACCCAUCUGCGCCUCCGGCCGACCGGACGCAGUCAACAUCUGCCCCUCGGACUCGAAAUGCACAUACAUCACCCACUCGGACCAAACAGUCCCGCCGCGAGGCCUGUCGUCUCUUCUCCGUCCACAAGCACAAGCACGCCAAGCCCUCCAAGCCCGCGACAAAUGCCACACCGCCCCGGCAAUCACAAGCACAGACUUCCACUUCGGACCAGACCCGGGACAGCGCUGCAUUGUGUGGCGCGGGGCCGGGUGCGUGGGGACGGGCGGCGGGGGCAAGUAUGGCGAAGGGGAGGGCCCGUAUAUGUGUGAUGUGAGUUGUCCGGGGGUGGAUCUGGUGCAUGAGGCCGGGGAGGCGGUGAGUUGGCGGUGUUUUGGGGAUGGGGAUGAUGGGAGUGAUGGUGAUGGUGGUGAUGGUGGGGAGGAGGAGGAUUAUUGGGGUUGGAGGAGGGGGUUUGGGUGUGCUGAUUAGGGCGGGGUGGUAAUUAGGGGUGGUGUUUGGGGGGUUUAUGGGUGGAGGUGGUGGGUUGGGGUUGAGGUGGGAGGAUUGGGAUGGUGUUGUUGCUCGUCGGCAUUGGAGUCCUCAGCAUCGUCGUCGUCGUCGUCGUCCUCAUUCCCACCUCCUCCACCAUUCCC